AUGACGGGAUAUCCCCAGCCGCCUCCGGUCUUGAAGCGCUCGAUGUACGCGCCGCAUGGCGCACAACUGCGGCCUCAGUACGACCAGGAAGACGAAUGGAACGAGUUUUUGGAGAAGACCGACACCUCCAAGGUUCAUGACUUUGGAAGAUACUGGUGGACUUACGGACGAGACAAGGAUGAUGAUGGUCAACUGCGGGAAGCGGUGUUUUUGGAGGUCCCGCUGAGGAAGGACGUCGAAGCGCGCCAGAUUCGAGCGCACCUCAGCAUGAGGCAGCUCAAGCUGGUGGUUCAUGGGGACACCAUCCUAGAGGAGGACUUCGAAGACCACAAGUGGCUGGACGUGGGCGAAUCCUAUUGGGAGAUCGAGGUGAAGGAAGUGAAGAAAGUGCGAAGGAAAGUCUUGAGGCGUUUUCGUCAUAACUGA